UAGCGAAGGAGGGAUGUGAGAAAGCAAAAAGGAGGUGGAGAAAAAAAAACAGACGAGUUACCGUUCCUGUGUGAUGAGUUAUCGUUCCUGGCGCGGCUAAAUCUAGAGAACUAGUAACACAGUGUAGCUGGAACUUGUACAGUGUGAAAAUAUUGUUCUAUAUAUUUAUCUAAACAUGCCCUGUGUGUUCCCCUGCAAGCUACUCAUGUCACGAUGUAGGAGGCGAGUUUCAUAGAGCAGGGUUGGCUACUUGCUGUAGAGGGAUUUUAUUUCAGUACUUGCCCCAGCCUCUGGACCAUCAGAGGAUGAAGGUAAACCGCUUGACCCAGGUCUCGACUAUCUUCGUGCUGUUCAUCACCUUAUCCACCGUCGCCCCUAAAGACUGUCGUAAACCCGUCAGGACCGGCACCAAAUGCAACCCACGGAGGGAGAAGUCUGGCCGGAAGUCUAGGAGCCCUUUAAAAAACGUGGCGCCAUAUUGGGAGAGGAAACCUCCAAAAGACAGGAAUAUCGACGCGAGAGAAGGCUCUGACGUCACGUUAUACUGCAAUAUCAAGGGGUCGCCCGACCCAGAUUUCCAUUGGCUGAUGAAUGGCAGGAAGCUGAGAGCAAAAAAAAGCAAAUUUCUGUUCAGACAGCACAAAUCUAAACUGGUGAUAAGGAACGUCACUCUCAAUGAUUCCACGGAUUACUCGUGUGUGGCUGAGAACAAAUUUGGACAGCUGAAUCACACGUUUAACCUGAGGGUCUUAGAGAACAUGCCCCUGAACGACAUAGAGAUCGUGACACGACCAGAGAACCAGACGGCCUUGAUUGGGGACACGGUCAUCUUCAUGUGUAGGUCAGACGACUGGCCCAUACCGACAGUCACCUGGACAUGUAAGAGAGACAGUCAGGUCAUGUACCAGGUCUUGAAGACUAGUGAAAGUAACGGUGACCUGGUGUUGCCCAACGUGACCAAAGACGACCAAGGUGAAUACGUCUGCACCAUCGGAAACAACAAGGCUCACAAAACGUUCACAGCCACGCUCAGAGUUAUCGCGCUUGGUGAAAGUUUACCUUUUGAGCCGUUGUGCUCCCUACACAUGAGGCGUGAGGUGCUAGUGGACCAUGAAGGAGGGUGUAAAACACGUGAACCAGUGGACAUGUACUACUGCAUGGGGUCUUGCGGCAGAAGCUACUUCACCCCUCAGCUCAUCUUCUCCGCCAACAAGGACCCCAACGCCAUAGAAACCUUUGCCACACAGUCUUGCAAGUGCUGUGUGGGUAUAGUUGAGAGGCUGAGAAUCGUGGAGUUCGAGUGCCCCUUUGGUAAGAAGAAAAAAGGAUUUUUUACAUUGCUCAAUGGAUGCCAGUGUCAAACUUGCCACACAGAAAAAAACUCAGUCCGACAAGAUGAAAAAUUAUCGAUUCAACAAAAAACGUAAUUCAGAAACUACCAUUCUGUGUUUUAUUUUUCUGAAAUUUUAAAUUCAUGUUUUAACUAGUUUAACGUGUAGCUGUGGGGUUGUUGUUAUUGUUGCUUUGUUUGUUUGUUUGUUUUCAAAAAUAUUAUUGAAGACAAAAAAAAUUGAGUUGUUUUGACAUAAAUUUCAAAGGAGCGUUCUUGCCUCUCUUUGAAAUAUAAGUGGCUGAGUUAUCUCCCUGAUUUGCUCCGGGGAUGUUUUGCACUUGUUGACCCGAUGAUCUUUUCUCAUGGCUGAAGAAGUCUUGGUUUUACAAUAGAGCCGGAAGUGACGCUAUCUUCAUCAAAAUUAUAAUUUGAUGUAUCUACUAUUAUGUUGACCUAUUCACAGUUGGGGGUCGUCCAUAAAUGACGUCACACUCAUAGGGGGGAGGGGGAUCCGUAAUUUUGUGACGGUGUGUGAUGAGGGGGAGGGGGUGGUUCAUAUGGUACGACGUCACACUUUUGCAUUAUAAAAAAGCAAUGUUAGAAAACGAAUUUUAGACGUUAUUUCACGUUUUAGAAAACUGUUUUAAUAAAGUGUAAUAGGAAUUGUUUAAAAUACUCUAUUUUGACAGAGUUCAGACAAGAUUUUGCAAAAAUAUCGAUACUUUUAAAAAAAAUUCAACUUCAACUGCAAUUUUGAGGGGGGUUGUAGGCUGAGGUGUGACGUCAUUUUAUGGUCGGGGGUCUGGCUCUUUGUGACGAUGUGUGACGGAGGGGAGGGGGGGAGGUAAAAAUCGUCCAAAAAAGCGUGACGUCAUUUAUUGAUGACCCCUUUAGACAUAGGCCAUCAUUCAGGAAAAAACCGACGACCAUUUCUUCUCAUCAAAAAUACAAUAACAUUAUCUACUUUACAGACAAGUAUUUUUAAAGAAUGAACACCCUUAACUAACAGAAGUAUUUAUGAUGUAUUUAUUUAUUUUUAACAUAGCUUAACCAAUGAGGCUCCGUAAAUUAAACUUACUAGUAAUGUAAGUCACGAGUAAUGUUAUUUUUUUUUAAAAGUUGUUCGAAGUAUAGUGUAGUUGGUAGUUGUCUUAGUUGUUGUUGAUUCUGAUUGUAUAGUAAUUUCAUGUAUACAUUAUGUUUUUUAACUUGUUUUGACAAAUAAACUUAUAUGUUUCAUU